GCUUUUGCAGUGGGUGGGUCCCCCAGUGCCGUGCCGGCGCGCGACGGGCGGGAGUCUGGCAGAAGUUCAAGUCGCACCCUCCGGAUCGUGAACCCUGGUGGACUCGGACUUGUUGCAAGGCGAGGACGGCGGCGACGAAGAAGAGCAUCACAACAACAAUGACGAUAAAAGCAUUGACGCAGAUCUCCUCUGCCGGCCGUAAUGGCGUCGGCGCAUUCGUCUUGCAGUGCAAGAAGUUGGACAUCCACUACAGUGACUGGGCUGGCAGCUCCCGGGGCAUGAACGGCUUCAUCAAAUCCCUCCUCCCCAAAUUCGCCGCCGCCAACCCUCAGAUCGAGUUCGUCGUCUCCCCCCGGCCCGCCAAGCACCCGAUCAUCAUGGGCCACUACAUCAACGGGCGCACCAAGGCCAUCUGCGUGCGCAACAUGGAGCCGCUGGAGAUCCUCAAGAAGGCGGAGCUCCUCCGGGACGCGAGCGGCGAGAAGCCCCAGAAGUUCAAGAAGCCCGUCACCAGCACGAACCCCAGUGUCAGAGGCGUCUGGUCGCCUUAUCACGGGCAGGGCUUGGUUGUAUAAGGCGUUGGUUGUGUUUGGUGUUGGGGAAUGUUGGAGGUGGGCUACGCCGGUGCUGAGCCGGUGCUGGUUUGGUAGCUGGCUGGCUUGGCUCGGUUGUUGGGUCGAUUGUAUAUACCAUGUGGAAUGUAUGAAUAUGAAUAAGGACAUCAAAAAGUUUUUGGCAGUAUCAAGGAGUACGAUUGGUUACAUGGUUGUUCUGAAGUCGCU